GCAAGGGGGGAAGGUGACUACGUGUCGCAUAAUUAUCACUAACAGAUGUGAAUAGCCUAUUCCAGCAGAUACACUGCCGUGUCUGUUUGGAUAUAGAAACACCGGACGCUGCGAUAUUCGCAUACAGACGCUGAAAGGCCAUAAAUAAGAGGUGAUGGCCGUGUGGGAGAGGAAGCAGAAGGUGUCAAGGGUGGUGCGUGAGUACGUGAGGUUCCUGGUGAUCGGGGCGUUCUCCACCUGCGCCUUCCUUAAUCUCGCCCUCCAGGCUGGCGCCGGACUACAGUACUACUGCCAAGAAGAGUGCCUCAUCAAAAUUCUGAAGGCGCCAAUUUCAUCUAUGGACACGGACGUGAUACUGCACAUGAGGAAGUACUGGGUGGAGGAGCCAGCGCCCCGCGGGUCCUACAAGCCAGUCUUCGCCCUUGAUAACCCGCCCUGGGCUCUGAUGAACAACUGGAUGGAGGCUUACAAGGUCGUUAAUGAUUACUUCAAACAGUACAAGGUUCCAGGAACGUUUAUGGAAAUCGGUGCCAACGACGGUGAAUUCCAGUCGAUGAGCCUGUACGUAGAGCAGCAGCUAGGGUUCCGCGGGGUGCUGGUGGAGCCCGACCUGCGGGCCUACACCAGGCUCCGGCUCCUGCGCAGGUCAGCCUACACAAUCAACGCCUGCGCAACUCCAGAUUAUGGUCACAGAAUGGAUCAGCUGUGGAUCCGGAGGACUCCUGCCAACCUUCCGCCUCUCCUCUACAGACUACAGAAGAGCAACAACAAACUCCUUCAGUACGUCUCAUUGGACGACCGUGACCUGGGCAGGACAGUGCCCGUACAGUGCUUCAACGCUGGAGCCAUGGCCGUGGCGGCCCUCAAGACCAAGGUCCUCGACCUCUUGGUCAUCUCUACACACGGGGGAGAGAUAGAUAUUCUUCACACCAUCCCAGCGUCUGUUAGCUUCAAGAUGCUGGUGAUUAUUACCCCAAUAGCGAGCGAAGACGACAAGGAUUACCUAGUUAAAGCGACUGACUCAAGAGGCCUGAUGCCAGUCUUCAUCAAGUAUAACAUCAACAUCUUCCUUCUUAAAAGCCUCGUGGUGACAAAGGGAUAG